AUGGCUUCGUCUUCUCGAUACGAAAGUGAAUUCGAGACAAUCGUAAACAAUCACAACGAUUUAGAGAGGGAUCCAACAAGGCAGUUCAUAAGGUUCAACAAAGUGGUUGGAAUCGGAACCUCGAAGAGAGUAUACGAAGGGUUAGACACAUACAAUGGUAUCAAAAUUGCUUGGAGCAAAAUCGAAGUCGGAGAAAUUACUGAAGCGGAAUCAAACAAGCGUUGUCAAGAAGCUGAAAUGAUGAAGUCAUUAAACCAUCAGAAUAUACUGAAAUGUUACACUUACUGGUAUGAUGGAAGAAAAUUCAUUAAUAUUAUUACUGAUCUUUGUUCUUCUGGUAAUCUGAGGGACUACAUUCUGAAACAUGAUCUUUUUCACUGCACGGUUAAGUUAGCAGGUUUUGGUGUCGCGGUGUAUAAAGAAGCCGAGUAUGUUAACAACGCGAGUGGCGGUACACCAGAGUACAUGGCACCAGAGAUUUACAGGGGUAAAAUGUAUAAUGAGUUGGUUGACAUACAUUCUUUUGGGAUGACUGUGCUACAAAUGGUGACUUAUGACAAGAUAUACUGCGAAUACGAGGGGUUAGAUUACUUAAAUGAUGUUAUUGCAGCAGUUGAGGCUGGUUUUUUCCCUGUUGCACUGAGUAAAGUGGAUGACUAUGACCCUCAACUUUUGCAGUUCAUUCAAAAGUGUGUUGCUCCUGCAUCUCUGCGACCCGCGGCACUUGAACUCUUUAGAGAACCGUUUCUUGUUGCGACUGGUGAGCAUGAUCGAAGCCAAGACAGGCCAACACCAAGCCGGUUCAGGUCCUUAAGGAAGCUGUCAUUAACUCGCAAGAGCAGAGCCUACACUCAAUUCGAUUCGAUUUGA